AUGGGCGGCCUUAUUUCCCUCGCUUCUUUCAACGAUUUUCAUCAAAAUUGUUUCAAAGAUGCUUUUUUAAUUACUUUAGCUGAUGCUUCUACAAGUGUUUUAGGUGGAACUGCUGUGUUUAGCACCUUAGGUUUUAUGUCAAAUCAAUUAAAUAUAUCAAUUGAUGCUGUUGUUCAAAGCGGAACUGGACUUGCAUUUAUCGCGUACCCCGAGGCUAUGAGUCGAAUGCCGGGAUGGCCUUGGCUUUGGCACUUGUUACUUGAAAUAUUAAUUUUGGGUAUUGCCUCACAUUUUGGAUUAGCCGAAGUUAUGUGUACAGCUUUAUAUGAUCAAUUUCCUUUUUUAAGAAAACACAAAUCUUUGUUGGUUAUUUUUGUUUGUUUAAGUUGUUAUAUUUGUGGAUUGGUUAUGUGUACUAGAGCAGGAAUAUUUUAUUUUAAUUUAUUUGAUGAUUAUACUGCUUCAUUUUCAAUGAUGUUACUUGUUUUGUUAGAAUUGGUUUUGGUUGCACAUAUUUAUGGUUUGUCUAAUUAUGUAAUUGAUUUACAAAUAAUGAUGGGACCAGCUAAAAAUUGGUUAACUAGAAUAUAUGGACCUACUGGAAUUUGUAUACAAAUUAUUUGGAGAUUUAUAGCUCCUUUACUUAUAAUUGUUGUCUUCAUUUUUGCCUUAAUUUCUCAAAUAAAAACGAAUAAAAGAACUUAUGGCAAAGAUAAACGUUUGUAUAUAUUCCCGGAAUGGGCAAUAGUGUUUGGUUGGAUAUUAUCAAUGAUUUCAUUAAUAUUUAUUCCAAGCCUUAUAAUUAUUAAUUUAAUUAAAUUUAGAAGAAAAGGAAAGGAUUGGAAAGAAUUAUUUCAAUUACAAACUAAAUGGCCAUCUUAUAAAAGAAAUUUAAAUUUAAAACAAAAUAAAUUGGUAAAAGAAAAUAUUCAAGGAGGGGAGAUGAGUACACAAAUGUGA